UUUGUAAUCUUCUAUUAUCUAUGACUCUAACCUAUAAGCCUACAACAACAAAUGAGAAUUUUAAUUCAAGUAUAAAUAAUAGAAAUAAUUUGUAAAAAUUGAAAUGGAUAUACAAGCGAAUAUUCGGAAUUUCAAAGACUUCCUUCAACUGUACAAUCAAAUGACUGAAACCUGCUUCAGUAAAUGUAUCGACAAUAUAAACUCAAGAAAAUUAGAUCCCAAUGAAAUACUGUGUAUAGAAGACUGUUCUUCAAAAUUUAUUAAAUUCAAUCAUAGGUUGAUGGGUACUUUCGUAGAAGUUCAAAAUGUAAUUGUAAACCAAAGAAUCAAAGAUGUUGAGGAACAACAAGCCAAAUUAGCAAAGGUUAAUGCAGAUAUCGCCAACUCAAAUAAUAUUCAAGGAUUAUCUGUGAAUACCUAGUAUUGUUAAUGUAACUAGUACUAUAAGUAGUUAGCUAUGAAUGAAGAAAUUAUGUCCAUAUAA